ACCCUCUUUAUCUGCGUUUGCUCUUUUCUGCAGGGAUUUAUUUGAUUUAAUGUUUAUAAAUGCAGAAAUAUAGGGGGUGGAAAUAUUAAUUUGGGAAUAAAAAUUAUAUGGGAUCUAAAUAUUAAAUAUGAUUCCAAGCAAUGGGGAAGGUGAGAGGUCCGGUUUGAGCAAAGGACAGAAGAUAUUAAAGACAGUUUUUCUUGUCUUGGUUUGGGUGUGUCUGGGACUGUACUUGGAGAUAACAGGUCCUACUUUGAUUGAUUUGAAGAUUCGAACUGGAGCGGACUAUGAAGAAGUUGCUGUGGCAGUGUCUGGUCGCUCUGUCGGUUACUUCAUAGGAUCAGCUAUAGGUGGCGUACUUGUGGACCGUUUUAUUGGACACUGUGAUUUAAUGAUCGGUGUAUGUCUUACUGGUGGUGCCAUAGCAACAGUCUUCGUGCCCUGGUCUCCCGUUGUCGAGUUACUUUGGUUCAUCAUAGUUCUUCAAGGAACGUUCGAGGGCGUCAUAAAUAUAGCUGGACAAAAGCUAAUUCUGUUACUAUGGAAGAAGAAAGCUGCCUCGCCGUUGCACAUACUUCACGGCGGGUUUGGCAUUGGAUCAUUUAUCAUACCACUUAUAGCAAACCCUUUCCUCGCCGUUCCAAUGCCUCAUAUGCAAGGGAACGUCUCAACAAUACAAAACUUCACAAAUACAACAAAUGAUGUGACACUGGUGCCAGAGCCAUACACGUAUAGUCGUCACAGUAUGUCAGCUAAUGAUGUUCCUAUAAAUGAAAGUUUAAAGUUUGAUAACGAGACCACAAUGAAUAAAACAUUCUACAUAAGAGAAUCCAGAAUAGAGUUUGCUUACCUUAUUUCUGCUUUACUUACCUUGGCGUUGUCAGUUGUCUUCUAUGCCUACCAACUAAAGGGAUAUAAGUUUAGUCAUUCGGACCACAGCAAGGGAGAUAAUCGUGAUAGGAAACAUGCCUUUGCAAAACGAUGUAAAGCAAUGGUUAACCCGGCAACAUGUGCAAAGGGAAGACUUCUGUACGGAACUGAAAUAUUAUCCGUAUUAUUUAUUUACUAUUUCAACAUCACUGGAGGUGAACGGAUCCUAGGAAAAUUUAUUCGCGCGUAUUCUAUCGAACAGUUAGGCUUUUCAGUUGCAGACGGAAGCUACAUCAAUACAACUUUCUGGAUAAGCUUUGCUAUAGGACGAAUAACUGGAUUUGUGACAGCCAGAUAUAUUCCAAUUAGAAUUUUAAUACUUAUUGAAACGGGUGGCGUGUUUGUUUGUUCAGUUUUGUUAUGUAUAUUUGCUGGGGACAAUGCUACUGCAUUAUGGGUUUUGAUACAACCCCUCGCAGUGUUUCACGCACCUUGUUUUCCGUCCGGAAUAGGUUGGGGAGACUAUCAUGUGGAAAUGACUGGUAUGGCUAUUACAUUCCUUCUUCUAGGUGGAUCAAUUGGUGGUGUAGCAUAUCUUAAACUCACGGGAUUUCUUUUUGAGACCUAUGGUCCAAGAUCUUUCCUGUAUCAUAUACUUGGGUACGGGAUUGCUUGUUUUACAUUGGCGAUACUGCUUGACAUCAUAGGAGCCCAGUAUGGUAACAGAUAUGAAGACGAAAAGGAGCCUGAACAGCUAGAUCAGGAAUUAGAUGAUUUUACUAAAACUGAGGAAAAAGUCCAACAGAAAAGCUUGCUUGAGGAAAGGGCAGUUCCUGAUGAGAGGAUAUAAGAGGAAAAUCGAGAGGAAUGUUUACACUAUUAACGAAUUGAUUCUAUCCUACAACAAUCGUUGAAUUUGAACGGAAAAGAACUUAUCAGGGAAUGAUCUUUGCAUACAUUUUAACACUCUAAUGUCUAUGGGCAUACAUUUUAAAAGGUUAUUAUUGCCGUGCCUUUAGGUGACACCGUGCGAUCAACAUGGGAAAGCGACCCUUGAAUUUUUAUUUGUUCGGGGUUUUUUUUGUGUGUGUGUGUUUUUUUUUUUUUGCCAAUUCUGAUGUAGUUAUAAAUAUUUGGAAGUUUUACACUCAAUAUGUUUGUCUAUUCGUUUCAAUCUCAAAAGAAAACAAGAAAUUUCA